AUGUCCUCAACGCAGAGGCGUCGACGAACGCGCGACCAUCGCGAUGAUCCAGAGGAACAAGACCGGCCCCGACAACGCAUGAACCGAAACGAUCCUGAUUCAGAUGAAGAUGUUUCAUCUCAGGAUGACAUGGACAUGGACGCUCCCUCGGCAGCGCAAGACGCCGAGGAACAGCUCGUCAAGAAGCUUGUAAGAUACGCGUUAUCGUGCGAGUUUUCAAGAACCCCGAUCAAGAGAGACGGAAUCAAGGAGAGAGUGCUUGGUAAUGAAGGCCGUUCGUUCAGGCGCAUCUACGCGCUUGCGCAGAAACAGUUACAGGAGGUCUGGGGCAUGGAGCUUAGAGAGUUACCCCUUCGAGAGAAGCUAUCACUUCACGAGAAACGAAAAGCAAUGAGCUCAGCCUCGCAGGCGAAAGCGGGCUCAGGGACCUACGUCCUUUCCUCAAUCUUACCGAGCGAAUACCGAAGCGCAAGUAUACUCGCACCCUCCAAAUCCCCGAGCUCCGACGACGAAGCUACCUUUGCCGCAUUCUCUACGUUGGUGGUAUCGUGUAUUUGGCUUAGCGGGGGCGAACUGAGUGACCAGAAGCUCAAUCGGUAUCUCACGCGGCUCAACGCAGAUCAGAAUGUAUCGGCGGAGAAGACAGAGGCCGUACUAAAGAGGAUGGAAAAACAAAAUUAUGUGGUUAAGAGGGUCGACCGUCCGCCUGUCGGUCAGGACGGUGAACAUUCAAUUACCUGGCACAUUGGACCGCGGGCUAAGGACGAGAUCGGGCUUGACGGCGUCAUGGGAAUGACGAGAGAGGUGUAUGGGGACACAGAGCCAGAGUUGGAGAAGAAGCUCCGGGCCAGCCUGGGGAUUAAGCAAAGCGGUGCGGAUGCCGCUGCCGAGGAGGAGGAAAUUGGCGAGCCAUCGAGGAGCCGGAGGGGGUCUGGCACCGCUAUGAGUUGA